UGGCCGAUGAGCCCGUGCGUACUUUGGUCAGAGUGGACGCGCACGGGACUGAGGCCGCCGCUCCGCGCAUGCGCUCUGUGCACCGGCCGCUGUACUGCGCACUCCCGCAGGUUGCAGACACUCUCUCUUGCACAUGCGCAGAAGAAAUUCCCCCUGCUUAUUUUUUUUUACCUUUGGAUACUUAAUAUUACGGCUGGAGGUGUGCUGAUCUGCAGCAAGUGGGGAGCAGAGCGGUGGUGUAACCCCCUUUACAGACAGAGGCAGACCCGGUGCCAUGGAUGCCAGCGUCCUCCCACAGCAAGUCUCAGUCCGGGCUCUGGUGACGUUCCACGACGUGGCCGCUUGCUUCUCCAUGGAGGAAUGGGGUUUGCUGGAGGACUGGCAGAAGGAGAUGUACAAGAACGUCAUGCGCGAGAUCCACGCGGCUCUCCUGGCCAUGGGAUACACAAUUCUGAACCCGGAACAGCUGCUGCGGGUGCAGGAGAUAAAAGGUCCGGCGCAGCGCGGUGACCAAGCGAGGAACCCUAAGAACAUGCUCACGGCAGGUGCCCCCGUCUUUAACCCUGACAUCUCCCUGUGGAUCCGGGAAGUGGUGGAGGAGGAUUUCGGCGGCUCCCAGAAGCCAGAGCAGCCCGCCGCCUCGGAGAGCCCCAGCUCAGAGCUCCCUGUGGUUAAGCCAGACCUAUUCUUGCGAAUAAAGCCGGAUGAGUUGGUGUUUGAAGCUUGUCCCGAGCCACAACCCCAGGACGGAGAUAGACCGGACAGUGACACGGCUAUGGGAUCAGGUAUCUCCGUGACCAUCGACGGAGAUGCUGAGCCCUUCUGGCUGAACGUCCAAGAAACAGAUCAGGAGGAAGACAUGAGAGAGGAGCACCCGGAUACCGGCUUUUUAGGCAGCCCCACCGAGGACUUCCUUCCAGACCUCCAGCCAGAUGUCAUAUUAGAAAACGGUUCUCACACGUUCGAGGAGGAGUGGGAAAACCCAUCCCCCAUACGACUCCCCCGCCCCGGCAAGUGCCGGUCCCUCUUUGGAGUGGAGCGGUCCGUGUCCCAGUGUGCGUACGACUUUACAGACCCCUCGAGUCCUACACCCGCGAGGGCGUUCCAGUGUUCAGAGUGCCAGCAGAGCUUCAGCGAAAGCGAAACCCUGCUUUUACACCAGACGGCCCACACGCCAUGGACUUGUGAGCCACAGAUAGACGGGGGGGGAAAUUAUAUCCGACCGAUGUCUUCAGCCACGCUGGUUGGGGGAUGUCCGGUUAUUCCAGCCCCAUAUAUAUGUGGGGACUGCGGGAAGGGCUUUUCUAAUUCUUACAAACUGAAAAUCCAUCAGAGGAUCCACACAGGAGAGAGGCCCUACAAGUGCCUCGUGUGCGAGAAACGCUUCCACAAAAGUGCCCACCUCAAGGUCCACCAGAGGACGCACACUGGGGAGCGGCCGUACGGGUGCCAGGUGUGCGGUAAAAGAUUCACAAAGUCCUAUCACCUAAAGGUCCAUCUACGGACGCACACGGGAGAGAGGCCAUACCAGUGUCCUGAAUGCCACAAGACCUUUAGCGUCAACUCCCACCUCACCGUCCACCAGCGGACUCACACAGGGGAAAAACCCUUCGUCUGCUUCGAGUGCGGCAAGAGCUUCCGUCAGAAGACCAGCCUCCUCGGCCACCAAAAGUCCCACCAACGCAUAGGGGAGCGGAGGAAGCUGACCUGGAAGACUCUUUGGCCCGAAAAAUGAUGCGUGUUGCUGCUCAUUAAUCUGCACUUUAGCGUUAGACGUCGUCACAGACCCCUCCAAGAUGGUUUAAGGCCAGGACAGAAACUUAUGAGACUACAACACUGGCCAAACCGCGUGAAUGAGCCGCGAGAACACGGAACUGGCCAACGCAGGGUCUCCGUGGCUUCGCGUUCCCAGCCGGUCCGCUUUCUUGUUUGUCUAAAACUUUCCAUCACUUUUUUUGGGGGGGUUGUUGUUUAAAGCCAUGCCAUGUUUUCAGCCAUGAUCUCCACCUUUUAUUGGUAGAACUUUAUAAAUUUGCAUGCAGCGGUUGCUUCCAAA